AAAGCAUUUAUAAAUUGGGUGAAUUAUCAGAUGAUGCAUUAAUAGUCUUAAUGAGUGAAACCUCUUGUAUUAUGUAUGAUACUAAUAAUGAAAAACCGGUUGGAAUUCCAUAUUUUAACGAGCAGACUUUAUAUACAUCCGAAGUUCUUGUUUCCUUUUUCAAAGAUGGAGAUUUUGUUCUCAUAAAUGAUUCAAAAGUUUAUUUAUAUUCUGUCAAUAUUAAUGAUAAAAAUAUUUUGCAAUGUAAAAAUAUUUUUGCAUUCACCAUUGAACUUGAUCAAUGUAUCUUAUCUAGAUAUGGGAAACUUCUUGUUGGAAAUGAUUAUUUAAGAACUCAGUGGAACAUAAAAACUGGAAAUUUUGAAAUACAAUAUCCUGUUGCAAAUGAUCUCUUAUUUAAUAAAUAUUAUACACUAUUAGCAGUUUGGCACAAUGUUUUAAAGAUUUACUCUGCGAAAACUGGGAUUGAAAUUUUUUCAUUUGAUAAUGAAAUAGAUUAUAAGGACCCACAUGAUGAAAAUUUUCAAAUUAGUUUUAUAAAUCUGGGUGAACGUUUAUUAAUCGCUCACUUUAUGGAACCAAAAAUGGAAACUUGUAUAAUUGAUCCAUACUCUCUUAAAGACUCCAAAAUCGUGAUAGAUUUAUAUGAUGAUAUCAACUCGGUGCAAAUCGGGUUCGUUCCUAAAAAGAUAUUUGAAAACAAGAUUAUAGGAAUCGUAAACCGUAAAGUUCAUAUAUAUGAUUUAUUUCAAGGUGAUUUAUUUCAGGAUGAUUUAUUUCAGGGUGAUUUUAAAGAAUACCUACGGAAAUAUGUUAAAGAUCAUAAGGAAAUCCACCUUCUUAGUAUCAUGGAAGAAAUAUUAUUCAAUAUAAAAAAAGUGAAAAAUGACAUUAGUGGU